AUGGACCACUCUGAAGUUGGAAAGAGAAAGAGAGGAGGCGAAGAGGAACAAGGAGGAGGAGGUAGACAGAUGGACAGAGACAACAGGGAUUAUGGUCGAGGAGGAUCAUAUGACAGAGGAGGUAGAGGUGGAGGUGGUGAUCGUUACUAUAAUAAUAAUGAUCGUAGAGGAGGAGGAUACUAUGACGAUAGAUCAUAUAAUAAUAAUAGACGCUAUGAAGAUAGACAACAACCAUAUCGUGGUGGCGGUGGAGGAUACUAUGAUGACAGAGAUAGAAGAGAUUAUAAUAGAGGAGGAGGAUACCAUGACAACCGUGAUAAUAGAGAUAGAAGAGAUUAUAACGAUCAUUACAACAACAGUAAUAAUAAUAGAUACAACAACAACAAUGACAAUAGACAACAAUCAUCUAGAGAUGGUAGAGACAAUAAUAAUAACAACUCGAAUCAACAAUCACCACCAUUACAACCAGCAGUAGUAUUACCAGUAGUACCACCAAAAGAUCCAGAACAAUUGGAAAGAGAAAGGGAAGAGGAACGAAAACGUGAACAAGAAAAGUUGGAAGAAGAGAUGAGAAAGCGUCGUGAAAAGGUGGAACAAUGGAGAAAGGAGAAGUUGGCAGCUGAAGAAACAAAGCAAACAUCUGCAGAUGUCACAUCUAUGCCUCCUCCAACAGCCGUUGCAGCAGCUGGAGCAGCGGCACCACCAACAAGCAAAUGGAAUUUGGAAGAUGAAGAUCAAGAAGAUACAAAUGCAGCAGCAGCAGCCGCAGCCGCAGCAGCAGCGGCAAAAGCAGCGGCAGCAGCAUCAUCAAAAAUGGAAGAAGACGAUGAAGAUCCUCUCGACGCAUAUAUGAAUCAACUUGCCAAAAAAGAAUACCAACAAACACAACAAAAACAAGAACAAAUCAAACAACAAAAUGAACAAUUACAAGAACAACUUAAACAACAACAAGAAAAGAAUGAAAAUGGUGAUAAUACAACAACUGUUGCAAUGGAUACAGCUGCUGCAUCUCCACCAAUCAAAACAACAAUUACUAUUGGACCUAUAUCAAUACCAAAGGGUGAAGUUUUAGGAAAUGAUGGUGAAUUGGAUGGUGAAGAGGAAGAAGACGAUGAUGAAGGAAUAGAAAAUGGUGAAGAAAAGGAAGUUAAAAAAGGAAAGAAAGAGAUCUUGUCAACUGAUCAUUCAAAAGAGGAUUAUAUCGAAUUCCAAAAAGACUUUUAUGUCGAAGUGCCAACACUAUCAAAUAUGACAGAAACUGAAGUCAAAGACUAUCGUUAUGAAUUGGGUGUUAAAAUAACUGGAAAGAAUUGUCCAAAACCAAUUCAAACUUGGGCUCAAUGUGGUUUAUCUGAUAAAAUACAUGCAUUACUUAAAAAAUAUAAUUAUGAAAAACCAACAACUAUUCAAGCACAAACGAUUCCAGCAAUUAUGAGUGGACGUGAUAUGAUUGGUAUUGCAAGAACUGGGUCUGGUAAGACAUUGGCUUUUCUAUUGCCAAUGUUUAGACAUGUCAUGGCACAGGAGAAACCAAAGCAAGGCGAGGGUAUGGUCGGACUGAUCAUGUCGCCAACUCGUGAAUUGGCAUUGCAAAUCUACAGUGAAUGCAAAAAGUUUAGCAAGAUAUUGGGAUUGCGAGUGUGCUGUGUGUAUGGUGGUGCCAACAUUGGUGAACAGAUUGCUGAUCUAAAGAGAGGUGCUGAUAUUGUAGUGUGCACACCUGGACGUAUGAUUGAUAUUUUGUGCGCCAAUAAUAAGCGUAUUACCAAUCUCAAGCGUGUGUCAUUCCUCGUGUUGGAUGAAGCCGAUCACUACGUGCACCGUGUCGGAAGAACGGGGCGUGCGGGCAACAAGGGCACCGCAUACACCUUUAUCACACCCGAAGAGGAGCGGUUCGCGCCGAGUAUCGCCAAAGCGCUCGAGCAGUCGGGCUCCAAGGUGCCCGAUGAGCUCACCAAGCUCUGCUCCGACUACCAAAAGAAACGGUCCGAGGGCAAGGAAGUGCUCGUUGCCGGCAGCGGUUUCCUCGGUCGUGGACACAAGUUUGAUGCAGCUGAAGAGGCCAAAAAGAAGGAAGAGAGAAAGAAACAACGUCGUGCAUAUGGUAUCGAUGAGGAUGAGGAUGAAGAUGAGACUAAACCAACUCUUGAAGAGGUUGCUACUCCCCCUCCCACUGCAUCUACAACCGACUCGCCAACCGGUGCUACAACAUCGACCACAUCGCCAACUGGCACGACUGCUACCACCACUACGACAGCAGCAACCGAUACAACAAGCACGGUUUUGGGAACCGACCCAACCAUGUCUGCUGGUCAACAAGCACUGUCACAAAUUUUCGGAGGCAAUGCGCCACAGAUGAAGGCAGAGGAUGCCAUCAAAGCACUCCAACUCGCAGCUGCUCAGAAAGCACAGAAAAUGCAACAAGUUGCUCAAUUGGCAGCAGCACAGGCAGCAGCAUUGGUCAAUGCCAACUCACCCGCCUCCUUUAACGAUGAUCUUGAAAUCAACGACUACUCACAACAAGCACGUUGGAAGGUCACUCACAAAGACUCGUUACUUCACAUUACAGAAAUGACCCAAACUGCCAUCACCACCAAAGGUACUUUCUUCCCACCCGGCAAAACAGUACCAGCCGGAGAAAAGAAAUUGUAUCUCUUUAUCGAAGGUCCAUCAGACGCCCAAGUUAGAACUGCAAAGACUGAAAUCAAAAAGAUUCUAGAAGAAGUUCAUCUUAUUUCUCAUAAUGAGAAAGGAAAAUAUUCUGUCUUUUAA